GCCACUAUCCACUGAUGAUGGACCUAAGCCCGUCUUUCUUAAAUGAGAAAAAAUGGGUGCAUUCUAAUAUGUUUUCUCUUGAAAGCUACAUAAACCCAUUCCCUACGAUAAAUACAAAUAUCUUCCCUAGGGUUUUAGACACAGACAAGUUCAACACAGAACGCAGGUUACAAGUUACAUCAAUGGCUUUCUUUGGUAAACUCGGGAAUAUUCUACGACAAGGGGCAAAUAGAAAGAUUAUUUCAGAAUUGCGUCCAUCUCCAUCUGUUUUCCAGGCUAUAAGAUGCAUGAAUUCUGGUCCAACCACAAAGCUCUUUAUUGGGGGUGUUUCGUAUUCAACUGAUGAGCAAAGUUUGAGGGAAGCUUUUUCACGAUAUGGUGAAGUUAUUGAUGCAAGGAUAAUUAUGGAUCGUGAAACUGGUAGAUCCAGAGGAUUUGCCUUUAUCACAUUCAAUUCUGUUGAAGAGGCAUCAAGUGCCAUUCAGGCCUUGGAUGGUCAGGACCUUCAUGGUCGUCGGGUUAGGGUAAACUAUGCUAGUGAAAGGCCUCGUGGAUAUGGUGCUGGCGGUGACGGAGGUUUUGGUGGUUCUUAUGGCAAUGCAUCCUAUGGUGGUGGAGGUUCUCCAUACGGAGGUUAUGGGGGCUCUCCAUACGGUGGUGCUUCAAGUGGUGGUAGCUAUGGUGGAAAUGUAGAGGGAGGUUAUGGUGGAGGGCCAGGUGGCAAUUAUGGGGCCAGUGGUGCUGGCAAUAACUAUUCUGCUCCUGAUGGUUUUGGAACUAGCAAUGCUGCUGGCAGUUACGGUGGAAGUGGGGCGAAUUAUGGAAAUGAUGGUAACAUUGCUAGUGGAAACACUUACACCAGGGAACACUUACACCGGGGAGUCUCUGGUGGUGGAUAUGAUGGAAGUGGUGGAUAUGAUGGAAGUGGGGGAUUGGGAUAUGGCAGCAGUGGCCAAUUUGAUAGCAAAGACAGUGGCAAUUUAAAUGAGGAUUUCGGAGGUUCCGGGGGCUCCAUUGAAGGAAAUUAUAGGGAUGAUGAUGAUACUGAUCAUUUUGCCAAAAGGGCCUGAUGGUAGUAGAGUUUGUAGCUUUCUAUUGUCCAUUUCAGGAAUAUUAUGUCGACUAGCAAAACUUGGCGAAGAAAAUAAUUAUCAAUCUUCAGCGCCAAUUUUCCAUUGACCAAAUUGAGAUACUUAAACAGCAUGUAUAUCAGUCAUUGUUGCAACAAUGGUGUGGAAAUUUAACAUAAGUCGUUCAUUUUCAAGUGAUUAUUGGUUUUUGCACGAAAUAUUUGUAUUUUCUUUCAAAUUGUCGUUUUUAAGUCUUUUUGGCCGUGGAUGUGAAUUAUAAUAGUACUAAUAGUACUAAUUGUAUGUUGUUUCUCAUUUGAGGCACAUUUGGUGGAUUGGAUGGGGAUUAGAAUUCUCUCAAUUUCUUA